ACGCGUUGGCAGUCUGGCUACAUUGAAUCGAAUUUUCAGCUGUGAUCACUGCGAGUUGCAGGAGGAUACAGGAGGAUAUUUGCGAUAGAGCGAAUUCUCCCUUCCCGCGCAGAAAUGUGUGGCCGUUUCUAAACCACUGGAUUUUCAGAGGCCGAGUUUUGUCCUUGUGCAUUGAACAGCCGCAGGUUCAUACUGGAAAUUGAAUCUUGAGGACCAGCGUCCACUCGCCAGACCUACUUACCUGCGGCAAAAUGGGCGACGAAAAUAGGGAAGGAUCGACCUCCGCCACACCACGCGGUUUUUCAGAAGUCAUUAACCACAUGUCCAUACACAAGAUCGAAAGCCUGCUGUGGUUCACACGCAUGUGUUCGGUGGUGUUCACACUCCUGUACAUCAUUCCACUGCUCGAUGCUAACCCGUACACCUGCUACCAGCGGGCCUUGAUAAGCAGUGCUGCCACGAGUGCGCUGCGGUUACACCAGCGGAUGCCAAGCAUUCAGCUCUCUCGAAUGUUCUUGAGCCAGCUCCUGAUAGAGGACAGCUGCCACUACCUCUUCUAUUCCCUCAUCUUCUUGUUCGCCCAGCCCAUGACGUUGGUGCUACUGCCUGUGUUUCUGUUCUCUCUGCUUCACUCUGCAAGCUUUUCACUGACCUUGCUGGACAAGAUGGGCGGCCGUUCUGGUCUUCUUGGCACCUGGCUGGUGAACCUGCUGGACCACCAAGGCAGGAACAUCCUUCGCCUUGUGGCAUUCACUGAAAUCUUCCUCAUGCCACUGACAGUGUUCAGCGUUCUGUCUGGACGGAGCAGCUUGCUGACUCCCUUUGUUUACUACCGCUUCCUGAGCUUGCGUUAUGCUUCUCGUCGCAAUCCCUACACAAGGACUGUGUUUCACGAGCUGCGCCUGGUGACAGAGCACUACGCUUCGAGGCCCAGCUGCCCGAUGUUCCUGAGGAACCUGCUGUACAAGACAAUAAACGUGCUGUCCCAGCUGGCGCCUCCAGUCCCCCAGUAAAGGGAAGGCAGUGCCGUGCCAGCCUGGCUGGCAUCGCCACCACCACUGGACCACCAAAACGACAGUGUGGUGGCCUUAAGGAAGGCCAUGGUCCUGUGCAAACAAGCAGCAGAGAACUGUGUGUGCGCAGUCUGGGGAAAAGGGGGGUGUCAUGCAACUUUCGUGGGCCUCUUCCCACCGUCUCUUUAUUUGGUCUUGUGCACGCCGUAUUCUUCAGCACAGCUGCAGGAAGAGAAUUAAAAAAAGAAAUUAAAAAUCGGCGGCGUUAACUUCCCUGCCACUCUCAUGCAUGUAAGCUACAGUUGUGCGUGGUGGGUCGAGUUUUUUUUUGCCGAAGGCACGGGUGCCCUCGAGUCUAUUUGUCAAAACGUUUUUUUCCUCGUGUGCGUUGAUAUUAUUUGUUUGUUGCAAGAUAUAACUCGUAAUCCCAGUAGGUGUCAUUCCCACAUGCUGCGUUUCUUGUGAUAAAAAAUAAGGAGGGCUGACAUCGCAAAGUGUUGAAAUGUUGGUAGAGGGCAACAGUGUGUCGAGACUAAUGGACGCAGCUAGUCGAGCCAGUGCGUGAAGUUGUUUCAAGCUGCCAAACGAGCGUUAGUGAACGAAAGAACACCACUAAAGAUGUUGAUUGCUGCCAUCUUUUAAGACCCCUGAAUUGUGUAUUAAAGAAUGCAAGAAACUAGCAUUAGAUGUGUUGACUUCAUCCGAGCACUUUUGCCAAUAAACAAACAUACGACUGCA